AUGAGGAAGAGUUGUUGCCAUUCAUGUCUUGCAUUCAUUCUCAAAUUCCUCAAUAUUUUCCAACUCUUUGUUGGGAUUUCGAUCAUUCUUUACUCCGUUUUUAUGCUACAUCAGUGGAACAAACACUUGCCUGAUUCUUCCGAUGCGGUUUCAGCCGCUUUCAACGCGGAUCGUGUGAUAAGUCUCGGUAACAUGAUCGGUGACAGUCAUUCCCCAUGGUUCAUAUAUGCAUUUAUGGGAAUUGGUGUUAUGUUAUGUUGCAUCUCAUGCAUAGGUCAUAUUGCAGCUGAAGCCAUUAAUGGAUGUUGCCUUUAUUUUUAUGCUGUUCUGAAAACUCUAUUCAUCCUGCUAGAGGUGGCUUUGAUUAUGUUCAUUGCAUUUGAUCGUCAUUGGGAAAGUGAUCUUCCCUUGGACCCAACGGGAGCGAUUGAUAAAUUUCGAGAAUUUGUUGAAUCGGAUGUUGAUUUUUGUAAGUGGAUCGGCAGUACAGUUGUUGUAGUUCAGGUUGUGUGUCUGUUGUUUGCUGUGGUGUUGAGAGCAAUGGUGAAUUUACAGAUGAAACUUGAUGAAGAUGACAUUGAAGAAGAUGGUGUUGUAAGAUGUAACGCUUGGGAGCCGUUGCUCAACCCGAAUGUAGCCCAAACAUCCGUGUCGGUUAAUGUUAAUGGUAAAUCUUUCCAUUCUGACAUAUGGAGUUCAAGAAUGCGAGAAAAGUAUGGACUGGGUAGCAGUAAUGUCAAGUAA